UUUUUGGUAGAUGCUAGACAAGAGUUAACUGGACAAAUAGGGGAUUCCAGAGCCAUGGCUGAUGCAAGUGAACCAGCAUUCCGUACUUUGUUACAAGAACAUGGUGGGCCCAAUUCUUCUUACACAAAGGGUGACAAAGGUGAUACAGGUGAGGUUGGGAACCCUGGCCCUAUUGGCCUUCAAGGACUGAAGGGAGACAAAGGGGAUUUUGGAGAACCAGGUCCAAAAGGUGACCCUGGAGUAAAAGGAGAUCUUGGAGAGAAAGGAGAAACAGGCCAAGCAGGUGAGAAGGGGGCACAAGGUUUGGAUGGGCUACCAGGGAUUCAAGGGCCCCCAGGCAUGAAAGGAGAUCCAGGGGUACAGGGAAUUGAGGGUGUUCCUGGAGAACAAGGACUGACUGGACUUCCUGGCCGUAAAGGAGAAAAAGGACAGAAGGGAGACUGCAACCCAGUUGAAUCCAUAGCAUUUUCCGUUGGUCUUCAGAAAAGGAGAAGCUUUCCCUUGCCAGGAUCUCCAGUGAUAUUUGAGAAGAUUUUCCUGAAUGAAAAUGAAGCUUAUCAUGUUGAAACAGGCAUAUUUACUGCAAGCACAGGGGGUAUCUAUUAUUUCAGUUACCACCUGAGUGUUUCCGGCAGAUCACUGAGGGCUGCACUUUUCCAUAAUGGCCAAAGAAUUCUCCAGGUGUCAAGUGUAAGGGAAUCUCCACAGGGUGUUACUCAGGUUUCUGGAUCAGCGCUGGUUCAACUUUCUGAAGAUGAUGAAAUUUGGCUUCAGAUUUUGAAUGGCUCACAGAAUGGCCUAAUGGCUGAUGACACUACUGAUUCUAUAUUUUCUGGAUUUCUCUUGUACCCUGACUAAAAUUCAUUCAUU